AAAAUGUGAGUUCAAACAGGUCUCCUACGUUGGUAGCCCACAGCUAAUUCUAAUUCGUCGUCUCUCAAUUACUCCUCCACUGCUUCUUAUUUUUCUUCUCUCUAAUAGAGUAGAUAAUUGAGGUGAAUCAACCAAUUAAUUAAUUAUACACAAAAAAUGACUGGGGGGACGCGGACGCCAUCCUGGAAAGAGCGGGAGAACAACAAAUGCCGAGAGCGGCGGCGGAGGGCCUUGUCAGCAAAGAUAUUCGCCGGGCUCCGCCUCUACGGGAACUACACGCUCCCCAAGCACUGCGACAACAAUGAGGUUCUCAAGGCUCUCUGCCACGAGGCCGGCUGGACUGUCGAGCCCGACGGCACCACCUAUCGAAAGGGAUGCAAACCUGUGGAGAGCAUGGAUUUCAUGAAGGGUUCCAUUUCAUCAGAUGGCAACUCUCUGAUUCCAUGGCUCCGAAACCUCUCGUCGUCCGAGCCCCCGUACCACUACAUGCGCGGGGGUGGCUCCAUCAGCGCUCCCGUGACCCCCCUGAGUCCCGGAACCCCUGCCGACUGGAGCAGCUCGUUCGCUCGCCUGCAGCACCCCAUGUCCGUGCCUCCGAGCCCUGGCCGCCAGACGUGGUACCCGAGCGGUACCACUUCUCCAACCUUCAGCCUCGUUUCCUCAAACCCGUUCGGCUCCAGGUCUCUCAUGUGCACCCCGGGGACGUGCUCCCCUGCUGACGUCCCCAUGCCUCAGUUUGUGUUUGGCGCAACGGAUCUCGUGAAGCCGUGGGAAGGAGAGAAGAUACACGAAGAGUGCGGCCCGGAUGAGCUCGAGCUCACACUCGGGAGCUCGAAACCGAGGUAGAUCACCAUGACUCGCUGAGAGAUUCAUGAUGAAUACAUUAAAUAGUUAUGCUUGAAGUCAUGAAUAGUCAGUUUAUCUUGAUUUCUUGAUGCUGUGUCGUUGUGAUUAAUUAUACUUCAAAUAUCAAGGUUUUCUUAUUCAUCCUAA